CAAAGGGGAUUCUCGUGGGGAUUUGUGCCCGUUGGUUGUGUUGUGUGCAGCCUUCUGCAACCGAUCGACGCUCUUCAGGGUUCAGUCUGGCUGUUGUGUCGCGUAGUAAAACACUCGGUUCGACUCGUACUCCGGUGAUACUUGAAUUUCGUGAAAAAAAAAUUUCCAGAGAAACGGCCCCUUCAACGAUUGUGCGCACACUUUUUCCUACCAUCUGCGACGCCACGGUGAAAGGACGGGAAAUUUGUUCGAAAGCAACGACAAGAGACGACAACUGAACUACAACGCCAAUAAAGGAGACUUGAACUUCCGCGUUUUACCGCGGGAUAUUCAAUCCUUUGUCUUCGGAGAUCGAUAAAUCGAUAAAACUGGGGGAACGAAAGGGAAAACAUCAAAGGGUCAGGAUGGCCGAUGAUCCCGUGACAGACCAUCAUCAAGAAUCGAGGGAGAAGACGAGCGUGGAAGUUAUACCGCUUCUCAUCAAGAUCGUCGAAGUGGUCUUGGCCAUUUUCGCCAUCGGUCUCGUCGUAGAUCCGUUCAAUUCGUUUCAAAAGAUUUACAACAAGCCGCAAACAAAGUUGGAUGAUAUCGCCAUCGUUUACGUUACGAUAGCCGGAUACAUUUUGAUAAACAUGGUCAUCAUCAUCGGAUACGUAAUGGGAGAUCGCAUGCCAAAGAAAACGGCACUUCUUUUCUCGAGCGUUGGCGCAAUUCUCUUCAUAGUAGCGGGAAGCGUUAUAGUUCACGAUUGGCGUAAACUCAGAGGAAGUUACGUUCAGAUAUCGAACAACGCAAUAUACCCGAGCAAACAGUUUAUGGAAAUGCUGAUAUCGGGAGGGGUAUUCGCUUUCGUGGAUGCGGCAGUAUUCGUUGUCGAUGUUUUCAUUACAUUCCAGUAUUCGUAGAGAAAGUGAUGCUUUUGCAUUUUAUUUUAAUUUUAUUUAAUUUUUAUUUUUAAAUAAUCGUAACGCCGUAACCGAGAAACACGCACAUUUUAUGUGUGCGUGCGAAUACUGAAGAUAUUUUCACACGUUUUAGACUAUUUAUAAGAAAAAUAUAGAUGGCGAAAUGCAAGCGAUCUGUAAGUUCGCGUUAAAUAUAACCGCCAAAGAUUUUUUUACAAUCGUUUCAUUCACGAUCGCUACCGGCUCUGAUUAUAUUGCAGCAAAAAUUAGAUUCUGUAAAGUAUAAAUUUGAAUCAUGUUCGAAAAGAUACGUGUUUCACAAUCACUGAUAAGUAUUUAUUGAAAAAUAGCAUUUAGUUUUUAAGAUAUAUCCACUUUUCCCGCUAAACGUUGAAUCAUCUAAAGUAUUUUGAUGAAAUAUUUUAGAAAACUUUUAUACAAUUUAUAUAUAUAAAAAAACGAACACGAUUGCUAGUCCGCACGUAGAAAACGUAUAUUACGUAGGUACGAUACCGAUUAUCAUCGAUAUAAAUGAUAACGCGUAUUCAUUUCAGUUUUUUUAUUAUUCACUCAAUUUUUUUCGUUCUAUUUUCCUCGAGCUCUAAUAGUACAACGUAAAUGACCGUGAAAUGCACAGAUAAAGAUGCAACCGAAAACCGAGGCUAUGGAAUCCGAAAAGUGCACGGUUGAGGUUUUUGUUUCUAAUUUUAAUGGUAAAAUUCAACGAUAUACCGAAAAUGAGAUCAAAUGAGAACAUGGAUAAUUUGAGGAGAGACCAAUAUAAUGAAAAAUAAAUUACGUAUGUAGAAUAGCUUGAUUAAUGUAAUUGUAAAAUAGCUUAUAGUAAAAUUCGCUCUUCGAGGCAGCCGAUAAAUCGCUUUCAUCAUUCGCGUUUUAAUUCCGUCCGAAUUAUUAUAAAUACAUAUAUGAUGUACUAUAUGUAUUACAUACUGUGCCUUACGUGAGAUACAUUUAAUGUAUUAAACAUUGACUGUUCAACAUAAAGUAUGUACUGAUAAUUACGCAUAAUAAUAUUCACCGAUAGAUCGAUGUAGAUCCAUAUAUAAUAAUAUAUAUAUAUAUAUUUCGAUUACAUAAUGUUUAGAUCUAACGACAAUAUUAUAUUUAUUUUUUACCCAUAGCUCUGUGCAAAUAAUAUAUUAUUCGUGUAUUCCACAGUUUGGAUUUUUAAUAAUAACGAAUAUUCUGAUCGA